GAGCAGGGAGGGGAGAUGAUAGUGAUCCCAGGGAAAGGACCCAGAAGUUGCUGGGCUGGCGGCAAGGCUGGAAAAGACAGCGGGAAGGCCAAGGCAAAGGCGGUGUCUCGCUCACAACGAGCUGGACUGCAGUUCCCAGUGGGCCGGAUCCACAGACACUUGAAGACCCGUACCACAAGCCACGGGCGAGUGGGUGCCACGGCUGCUGUGUACAGCGCUGCUAUCCUCGAGUAUCUCACCGCUGAGGUGCUGGAGUUGGCGGGCAACGCGUCCAAGGACCUCAAAGUCAAGCGCAUCACCCCUCGCCACUUGCAGCUCGCCAUCCGUGGGGACGAAGAGUUGGAUUCUCUCAUCAAAGCCACCAUUGCCGGUGGAGGCGUCAUCCCACACAUCCACAAGUCUCUGAUCGGAAAGAAGGGUCAGCAGAAGACUGCGUAGGGGGGGCACUGCCGCCGCCGCCCUCGCCCUCUCUGUCGUUGUACUGUAUGGACCUGGGCCGGAUGAAAUCUGGGGACAUGUGGAAUCUUUUUUUAAACAAGCUAGGUAACCGGAAGAGCAUAGACGAGCGCCCGUAGACGUGAGCUAAACCUUUGUAUGUCCUCUAGACAGACAGAACCCCCCCCACCCUCCCAGUCCCUGUCACGUGGCAGCAAUUGGCGUGUUGAUUGGCUUAGGUUUCUCCCGUGUGUUUUAUACAGACAAAAAAAAAA